UUGGAUCAUCAUUAUUUGGACCGUAUAGGUUAAUAAGCCAUAUCUGUUUAUUGUCCAGUAGCAUAUUUAAAAUAAUCCGUCUACCUUGAUGAUCUGUUUGGACAAUUUGCACAUUUCGAUCAAAAUUACUUUUAAUUAAUACCAUCACAUCAAUGUUAACGCUUAGACAAUCAAUUUCAUAUAUCAUCAAUAAAUACAGAAAACAACACCUUUCAUCUGUUACGUAGAGCACUUUUAUUUUGCCGAAAUUCCAUGACCCGGAAGUACUUUUUUUUUGUUGCUGACGAGACGCUGGUGGAGAUGCGGAAGUAGAUGGUUGUAACAAUUAGCCACCUUGCUAGCUAAUUAUUUACUUAACUGAAGAUUUACUUGAUAAAGACAACGAUAAAUUGCUCUCGAAUUGAAUGAUAUACCCUUUAAUACGUAUUUGUUGGUGAAACCUACAUAUUUUAUCGCUCAACUAGGUGGGAAUUUGAAAACAAUCGAACGUGUGUAGGAGGAAGGUCCUGAUGGCAGACCACACGGAUGUCAGCCUGUCCCCUGAGGACCGUGUCCGUGCCCUGACCAAGAAGGGCAGCUCUGUGGACGUGAACGAGGACGUUCCUCCCCGGAGGUACUUCAGGUCAGGCGUAGAGAUGAUUCGUAUGGCCAACACCUACACCGAGGAGGGCAACGCCGAGCACGCCUUCGUACUCUACAACAAGUACAUCACGCUCUUCAUUGAGAAGCUUCCUAAACACAGAGAUUACAAAACAGCCAACAUUCCAGAGAAGAAGGACACCUUGAAGAGACUGAAGGAGGUGGCCUUCCCUCAAGCAGAGGUGCUGAAGAAGGCUCUUCUCAAGUUAUAUGAGCAGGAGCAUGCACAGUAUCUCCUCAAGAAGAAAGCGGAGGAGGCGACCUUGGCGCAGCAACAGUCGAAGCAGCAGGCGCUAGAAGCAGAGCGGGAACGCGUGGUGGAACUGCAGCGGCGCCAACGGGAACAAGAGCAGUUCAGCGCCUUCGAGGAGAUGAUCAGACGGCAGGAGCUGGAGAAGGAGAGACAGCGUAUCCUUCAGGAGUUCCAUGCUCCUGGGACCCCUCCCCCCGAUGCACCCCUCCUCCCGGGGAUCCAGGGCCCCCCUCCGCCCCUGGCCGUGUCCCCCACCCCCCCUCAGAGCCCGGGGGACAGCGCCAGCCGGGUCAGGCCGCCUGGCGGCAGCACCGGGCCCGCGGCGCUCCCCACCUUCGACCGGACGCUCAAACCUAUGAGCGCUAACACUAUGGAUGGCAUGGUGGAUGGGAUCCGUCAGCUGGCAGUGCCCUCAGAGCUCUGCAGCAGCUUCCUCAGACUGGCUGAGUCCAACACCAGCCGAGCUGUGGAGACCUGUGGCAUCCUCUGUGGGAAACUGCUGAGGAAUGCGUUCACAGUGACCCAUGUGAUCGUGCCGAAGCAGAACGGAGGGCCAGACUACUGCGACACGGAGAACGAAGAGGAGCUGUUCCUGAUCCAGGACCAGUUUGACCUCAUCACCCUGGGCUGGAUACAUACCCACCCCACCCAGACAGCCUUCCUAUCCAGUGUCGAUCUCCACACACACUGUUCCUACCAGCUCAUGAUGCCGGAGGCUAUCGCUAUCGUCUGCUCACCCAAGUUCAACGAGACGGGCUACUUCAGGAUAAACGACCGUGUGUGUGUGUGUGUGUGUGUAGGACGGGCUACUACAGAAUAACAGACUGUGUGUGUGUGUGUGUGUGUGUGUGUGUAGGACGGGCUACUUCAGGAUAAACGACCGUGUGUGUGUGUGUGUGUGUGUAGGACGGGCUACUACAGAAUAACAGACUGUGUGUGUGUGUGUGUGUAGGAUGGGCUACUACAGAAUAACAGACUGUGUGUGUGUGUGUGUGUGUGUGUGUAGGAUGGGCUACUACAGAAUAACAGACUCUGUGUGUGUGUGUGUGUGUGUGUGUG